UGCAACAUAAUACCAUCAGUUCUUUCCACGCACCGGUGACGAACGUACGUGGUGAAUCAUCGUUGACUUUUUUCGUUGUUAAUUGCUGAUAUCAUCUACUCAAUAUACAGUAGAUAUUGAAUAACGCCGCAAAAUGUUCAGGGUUACAUUGGCUCUGUGUCUCCUUGGUAUUGUUGGUGCUCAAGUCCCAGGUAUCGGUUCUUGUCCCAAUGUGGAAACAAUUUCGACUUUUGAUGUGGAAAAGUAUGCCGGGAAAUGGUACGAACAAAAUCGAUACUUCACGAUUUUCGAACUUGGUGGUAAAUGCGUUACCGCCAACUACACUCUAAACGACGAUGGAACAGUCAAAGUUGUUAAUGCGCAAGUAAACUCAUUCACAGAAAAUCCAAGUGAGAUCGAGGGUUUGGCUAGGGUAGUGGACGCUAAAGAUCCAGGAAAAUUAGCAGUCCGUUUUUCAUCAUCUCCAGUCGACGGUUCUUAUUGGAUUUUGGAUACUGAUUAUGAAUCCUACUCAGCUGUGUGGAGUUGUCAAAGUUUACUUUUUGCAAACACCCAAUUUGCCUGGAUCUUGACAAGAGAGCAAAAUCCUUCAGAAACCGUCGUCGAAAAAGCGAAAGACGCUUUCAGAAAAUACGGCAUAAUCGUCAACCUGUUCGAGAAGACCGAUCAGGUUAACUGUUAGUCACUACUGGGAUCUGUUAAAGAACAUAUAAAUAAAGAUUAAAAUCUAAAUGUUAUCGUUGAAUGUAAACAAAUCGAGACAUUUCUUGACACCUAUAGUUAGAAUUCUCCCGUAAUGGGGACAAGAAGCACUUUAGGCGAGAGUUUCUCCCUGAAUAAAAGAUGAGUGAAAUAGA